UGUGUGUUAUGUGUAUAUGGAUAAGUACAUGUAUGGAUACAAACAGAUACAGUAAUAAAAGAAGACAGACAGACACGCGUACACAGAGAAAGAAAGAAAGAGAAAGAGAGAGAGAGAAAGAGACAUAAACAGAUUAAUAAAAAUAUAUAAAAGUGUUGUGUGGUGGUGUAUAUAAAUUGUACCAUUAAUGAGCAUGGAAUGCCGAGUAAAUAUCCUACAUCUCUUGUGUGUGUGUGUGUGUAUGUGUAUGUGUAUUUUCGUGAAUUUUGAGUGUAUACGUGUAUUACUUUAUUAAACAAAGAAGUAAAUAAAUAAAUAAAUAAAUAAAUAUAUAUAUACAUAUAUACGUACACAUACAUACGUACAUUCAUACAUAUGUAACUAUACGACGACGAUAUUCGAAUGGAAUAACUUUCGAAGAAUAUCACCAAAGUGGACAUCGUGGAUGAAAAUAGAGCAUCUUCAAGGGAUUUUCAAUCGUGGGUGAUGGUACGCCGCACCAUUUUAUCGUCGUCAACAACGUUGUCGUCGUCGUCAACAUCAUCAACAUCGUCAACGUCGUAGACGUCUUAGUGCCGUCGUAACACGCCGUCUCGAAAGUAACGCCAUCGGGGAUCCAAAAAAAAAAAAAAAGAAAGAAGAAGAAGAAAGAAGAAAAUACGGAAAAUAAAAGGGAGACAGAAAGAGCACUAGCAACGAACAAUAACAACAAUAACAUCAACAACAAUAACAACAACAACAGCAAAAGCAACAGCAACUUUUAAGUGUGUCCGCGUGUGUCUUAUUUUUUUUUCCCCCUUUUUUUUUUUCCUUUUUUUCUUUUUCCAGUCGUAUUCGCAGUCUAUUACACAAUAUUUCAAAAAAAAGAUAUAUAUAUAUAUAUAUAUAUAUAUAUAUAUACGUACAUGCAUACAUGCAUGAACACAUACGUACGUACGCAACAUAUAUAUAUUAUCGCGUAGAAGUACGACAUGAGUCCUGUUGUAGGAGCCGCUACGAGAUUGACUAAUCGAAUAAACGGCAAUUAGGAAUACGUCGUGCUAACGACGCACGACGUAUCGAACGAUCUCUUGAUGGGAGGACGUAGAAAAAGACGAAGAUUGGCCACGAUCGAGAAAGGAGGAGUAUUAAUAAUAAUAACUGUGCUAGUGGUAACAGUCGUCGUUAUUCUUUUUCUUAUUAUUAUUCUUCCACAAUUAUUUGAAUCGACGUUGUCGUCAUUGUCAUCGUUGUCGUCGUCAUUGAUAAUAGAUUCGUCGAAGAAAUCAAUGAACAAAGUUUCUACGUCAACAAGAAAAACAAAAGUAACAACAACAACAACAACAACAACAACAACAACAACAAUAGCAAGAAGAAGAAGAACAACGACAACGAUAAAAACAUCUAUAAUAUCAUCCGAUUGUCCUAUCGAUGGAUUUCAAAUGAUUCAAAAAUCUAACGAAGAAACGUUCGAGUUUUUAACUCGGAAAACGUCGCAAUUAUUAUUAUUAUUAUUAUUAUUAUUAUUGACUUAAAAGUUCGCGUUCAUCGAUAAUAAUUUAAAUGGUGUAAUUGAGACAAGGAUGUACUCGAAAGAUCACUUUUCUUAAUAUAUACAUACAUAUAUAUAUAUAUAUAUAUAUAUAUAUAUAUAUACAUAUAUACAUAUAUAUAUAUGUAUAUGUAUAUGUGUAUAUAUAUAUAUUAAGGAUCCAUCAUCGAAGAGAAAGAGAAAGAAAGAGAGAGAAGAUCUUUUUUGGUCACGUUGAAAGGGGAGGAAAAAAAGAAAGAAAGAAAAUAUGUAUUCCUCAGGGCGCAUGCGCAGAAAGGAGCAUAAGCUCGAGAGUAGUAUCAUCAGUGACACUAUUGACGAUAGUAGUAGUAGUAGUAGUAGUACUAGUACUAGCAAUAGUAUUAGUCGUAGUAAUAGUAGCAGCAGCAGCGGUAGUAGUAACAGCAAUUGGAAGAAGAAGACGUCGACGACGACGACGACGACGACGACGACGACGACGACGAUAACAACAUCGACGACGAUAACAACAUCGACGACGACGACGUCGACGACGACGACGACGACGACGACGUCGACAAGGAAUACAACAAGCAUCAGAGUUACAUUUGCCGAUCAGCAGCGGGCCUGUUGUCAACGUUGUUGUUGUUUAUCGUCGAGUUUGAUUAACAAGUGUAAAGAGUAUAACAUUGAUAACGACGUGGACUCAAUGAGAACUUGUGUUCUUUGUGAAAGGUUACAUGGAUCAUCGUCGUAUGAUCGAGAUGAUCUCGGUCGGAUCGACGAUCGUUUUCCUUCUCUUCCUAUUCCAUCAUCAUCAUCAUCAUCAUCAUCAUCUUCUUCUUCUUCCUCUUCUUCAUCUUCAUUAUUAUCAUCAUCAACCUCGACGUCGUCGUCAUCACCAUCUUCUUCUUCUUCUUCUUCUUCCUCCUCUUCCUCCUCCUCCUCCUCCUCCACCACCUCCACCUCGUCAUCUUCCUCCUUUUCCUCCUCUUCCUCCUCCUCGUCGUCGAAAUAUUUUAAUUCGUAUUCGAAGCCAAAGUAUUACGAAGUUUCGUCGAAGAGGAUUAGAAAGGAAGAUAAGUGGAUAACGGGGGAGAAUAAUAAUUGUUGGAUCGAUAAUCCUGGACAAAAUUCGAGAUUGGCCUCGAGUGUUGUACGGUGGACGAAGAAUUUGUGUUAUUGGAGACUAGCUUUCAGUAUUGUCAUUUUCCUAGCUCUCAACUUCCCGCCUACUGCUUUGGCCGGUUUUCAAGGGAAAACCUCGAUUGGUAACAUCAAGAAGGACGGUGUGUGCCAAAGUAUAGACAUAAGGAACAGCGUGAAUCAAUUCUCAAGACUGCAAGGAUGUCGAGUAGUCGAAGGAUUCGUCCAAAUUCUACUAAUCGAUCACGCCGAUGAUUCGGCCUAUGCGAAUCUCACGUUUCCAGAUUUGGUAGAAAUAACAGAAUUCCUCGUUUUAUACAGAGUAAAUGGACUACGAAGCGUCGGCCGUCUCUUUCCAAAUCUGACAGUUAUUCGAGGUCAUUCUCUAUUUAUUAAUUAUGCUCUAGUUGCAUUUGAGAUGAUGCAUCUACAAGAAAUCGGUCUUCAUUCAUUGACCGAUAUUUUACGUGGUUCGGUACGUUUCGAAAAGAAUCCAGCGCUUUGUUACGUUGACACCAUCGAUUGGGAUGUCAUAGCCAAAGCUGGAAAAGGCGAACACGUCAUAUCGGGAAAUAAACCAAAGAAUGGCUGUCCGAUAUGUGAAAAAAAUUGUACCACCAGAUUGACUAAGCCCGAUGAAACGCUUUGCUGGAAUCGACAACACUGCCAACGAAUAUGUGACAAAAGAUGCGGAGAUCGUUCCUGUGAUGCUUCAAAUCACUGCUGUCAUCCGUCAUGCUUGGGUGGUUGUACGGGAUUAACAGCGAAUCAUUGUAAAGUCUGUAAGAACGUUUUAGUAGGUGGUAAUCAAUGUCAAAAUCAUUGUCCAAAUGGUACAUAUGAGUUUAUGAAUCGUCGUUGCAUCGGUGAGGAUGAAUGUCGUCAAAUGGUAAAGCCAAGAGAGGCAUUAAGUAUCGUCAAAGAUAAUCCUUACAAACCAUUCAAUGGUAGUUGCAUUAUCGAAUGUCCUGCUGGUUAUAUGGACGAGGAGAUAAAUAAUAAAACAUCAUGUAGAAAAUGUAAAGGGCCAUGUUUAAAGGAAUGCGCUGGUACUAGCGUUGACAGUAUUGCUUCGGCUCAGAAAUUACGUGGCUGUACUCAUAUUACCGGUAGCCUUGAGAUUCAGAUAAGAGGCGGUAAAAAUAUUGUCAAUGAGCUAGAGGAUAGUUUGAAUAUGAUAGAAGAGAUAGAUGGUUAUUUGAAGAUCGUAAGAAGUUUUCCAUUGAUAUCAUUAAACUUUUUAAAAAGUCUUCGAGUUAUAAGAGGUAAUUAUUUGGAUAACAGUAAAUAUACGCUCGCCGUUUUGGACAAUCAAAAUCUUCAAGAACUUUGGGAUUGGAGUACUCACGGUGAGAUUGGUAUAUUGUCCAAGGACGGUCCAGCUAAAGUCUUUUUUCAUUUCAAUCCAAAGCUAUGCUUUCAUAAGAUUGAAACGCUUAGAAAAAAGGCAGGUCUACAAGAGUUUACGGAUCUUGAAGUAGCACCUAAUAGUAAUGGCGAUAAGGUAGCUUGUAAUGUUACCGAAUUGAAAACUAUUGUAACAAAGACAACGUCGGAUGCAGCAUUGAUAGAAUGGGAACAAUUUACUCAUCAUGAUCCAAGAUCAUUAUUAGGAUAUGUCGUGUAUUUCAUCGAAGCACCAAAUGAAAAUGUAACGAUGUACGACGGUAGAGAUGCUUGCGGUGGUGAUGGUUGGAGAGUUGACGAUGUUUCCGCUAUCGAAGGAUCAACCAAACCAAUAACCACCAAUUAUACAGAACCUGAAAAACCAAGUUACCUCUCGCAUAUUUUAACACAAUUGAAACCAUUCACGCAAUAUGCAUUUUACGUUAAAACAUAUACAAUAGCAACGGAGAGAUCUGGUGCACAAAGUAAGGUCACGUAUUUCACAACGAAACCGCAUGCACCUAGUGCUCCUAGAGGACUUUCAACCUAUAGUAAUUCCAGCAGCGAAUUAAUAGUCUCUUGGUUACCGCCUUUAAGAAAAAAUGGUAAUCUUACGCAUUACAGAAUCGUUGGACGUUGGGUACCGGAUGAUUCGAACUUUAUCGAUCAAAGAAAUUAUUGCGAUGAACCCAUGUCAUUGCCAGAAAAGAAAUCAAUGUCGGUAAUGGCCGAGGAGGAGAGAAAACGUGCAGAGGAAGAAAAGGAAUUGGCAAAGAUACCGGAAACGACAUCCUGCGAUUGUGCCGAUCGAGAAAUAGAUCAGUCCAUGCGCGAAAAGGAAGUAUCGAGUUCAAUUGCAUUCGAGGACGCUUUGCACAAUCAGGUUUACGUUAAACGAAUAGAUGCACGUAGGAGACGUGACACUAGCGAGAUAUUUGAAUUAGUUAAAAGAAGAGAUCGUAGUUAUUACUCCGAGAAGGAAUCGACGGCCGAUAAAAUAGUGAACAAUACUUAUAUCGUAUUCGACAGAGAGGUACCUAAUCCAAAUUUAAGUUUCGUCAUGAAAAAUCUUCGACACUUUGCCUAUUACAAUAUCGAAGUACAAGCAUGUCGAGAGGUUGUCAAGAAUGAUACAAAUGAUACUUGUUCGACCAAAAGUAUGAAGACCUAUAGAACAUUACCGUUGGAUAGUGCCGAUAAUAUUCCUGCGAAUACCUUCAGAUUGAGCAUUUCCGGUGAGAAUAACAGUCUGACAACUGUUACGCUUUAUUGGGCAGAACCACCGCAACCGAAUGGCCUGAUUGUUACCUAUCAAAUCGAAUAUAAAAGAGUGGAUAUACAGAACAUAAAAGCAACCGUAGUUUGCAUUACAAGACGUGACUUCACCAAAGCCGGCAAUUCUUACAUUCUUAAAGAUCUACCAGCUGGUAAUUAUUCGAUCAAGGUCAGAGCCACGAGUUUAGCCGGCAAUGGAAAUUACACAGAGGCACAAUACUUCUUCAUAAAGGAAUAUAAUAAUUUGGGAUUAUUUUGGAUAUUAUUUUGGUCAAUAUUAACAAGUCUAUUUGCAGUUAUGACGUUUGUAGGAUUUUAUAUAUGCAAAAGAAAAUUCAUGCGUAAUGUUCCUAGCAGAAGAUUAAUAGCAACGGUUAAUCCAGAAUAUGUUAGUAGCGUUUAUGUUCCCGAUGAGUGGGAAGUACCUAGAAAAAAAAUUCAUGUACUGAAAGAAUUAGGAAAUGGUUCCUUUGGUAUGGUUUAUGAGGGUUUAGCAAGGGACGUUGUCAAAGGGAAACCAGAAGUACGUUGUGCCGUUAAAACAGUCAAUGAAAAUGCAACGGAUAGAGAAAGAAUAGAAUUUCUUAACGAAGCAUCCGUAAUGAAAGCUUUCAACACUCAUCAUGUGGUAAGAUUGCUCGGUGUAGUGUCUCAAGGACAACCUACCUUGGUGGUAAUGGAGCUAAUGGUGAAUGGUGAUUUAAAGACAUAUUUGAGAAGUCAUAGACCGGACGUUUGUGAAAAUUUCUCUAGGCAACCACCAACAUUGAAAAGAAUCUUACAAAUGGCAAUUGAAAUAGCCGAUGGUAUGGCAUAUCUUGCAGCAAAAAAAUUUGUCCAUAGAGAUUUGGCAGCGAGAAAUUGUAUGGUUGCUGAGGAUCUCACUGUUAAGAUCGGUGACUUUGGAAUGACAAGGGAUAUAUAUGAGACUGAUUAUUAUCGCAAAGGUACAAAAGGUCUUUUACCAGUUAGAUGGAUGGCACCUGAAAGCUUAAAGGAUGGUGUAUUUACAAGUUUCUCCGAUGUAUGGAGUUAUGGGGUAGUUUUAUGGGAAAUGGUAACCCUUGCCUCGCAACCUUAUCAAGGUUUAUCGAACGAUCAGGUAUUACGGUAUGUAAUAGAAGGUGGUGUUAUGGAACGUCCUGAAAAUUGUCCAGACUCGCUUUACAAUUUAAUGAGACGUACUUGGUGCCAUAAAGCAACAAGAAGGCCAACCUUCAUCGAUAUAGCUACCAUAUUAUUACCGGAUGUCAAUUUGGAAGCCUUCGAACGUGUUAGCUUUUAUCAUAGUCCAGAAGGUAUCGAAGCGAGAAAUCAAAAUAUAUCUCAUUCGCCGCAAACAGACAAGGAUCUAGAAAUGACGACGCUUCAAGAUUUACGCGAGGAGGAAGCCGAGGGUGAUGAGGAUUCCCCAUUGCGCCAAGACUUUGGUGAUUUUGCUAGUUUCGAGCCUACCAGUAUUAAAAACAGUUUAAGCCCACGUUACACGUUAGAGCCAUACGGUGAGAAUUCAAAAACAAAGAGGACGAACUUUAACGAUAUGAAUUCGUCCAAGGUACCAUUGAAAGCCGGUUUCGAUGAUUUCGAUGGUAUUUCAGGAGAUUCAUUGGCAUCGAGCAAAGAUACUUUAAACUUGCCAUUUGUCGAGGAUAGUUUAAAAUCUGUUAAAAAUUCACCGUACAUUCAUGGUAAAAAUACAUCAAGAGGUAACGUCAGUCAAACGUCAGCGGCAAAAUCAACGAGUCCACAAAGUUUGAUCAAGCAACAACAACAACAACAACAACAACAACAGCAACAACAACAACAGCAACAACAAAGAACGUAUGCGGAGAGUCCAAAUUCUAUUAAAUGUAGAACAAAGAAUCCUGAUUAUGAAAAUAGUAGCCCAGAGAUAUUAGCCAAUAUUGAAAGGAAACUUGUAAUACCAUCGCAAUUAGAAUUAUCAUCGGUGGACACAAUAGACAUUGGUAUAGAUAUUGAUAAAAAGGAUGGUCUCUCGUCUACAGUUGAAUAUGUUAAUAAACCAGAGACAUUGAACAAUGGUUAUAUUGGUGGUAAUAAUAAAACAACGUAGUCGCAAUGAUAAAUCGUAAAUCUCCUCAAACUAUAUAAUAUAUAAUUAAGCAAACAAAGACUCAAAAUGGAAGACCAUUUAUUUCUUAUUGCUAUGAAUAAAAAGGAAGAGAGAGAGAGAGAGAGAGAGAGAGAAAAGAAAGAAGAAGAAAGAGAUAAAGGAGAAUUGUAAAAAAAAAGGCAGUGUCUAAAACGAAAGAAAUAUAUUUAUCAUUUUUUUUCUUUUUCUUUUUUUUUUUCUUUUUUUUUUCUUCUUUCCUUUUUUCAAUGAACAAUUUAAGUUGUAAUCUCGCAAAAGCGAACUUUCUACAAGUUUGAAAAGUAAUAAUUAAAAAUUGAGUUUACUUCUUUCUUUCUGUUAUAUAUACAUAUAUAUAUAUGUAUAUAUAUAUAGUUAAUAUAAAAACGUAACGACGUCUCAACUCCGUCUCUCUGACAUAGAUUAUUAAUAAUAUUAAUAAUAAUAAUAAUGUAAUCUAAUAAUAUAAUAAUAAUAAUAAUAAUAAUAAUAAUAAUAAUUAUUAUUAUUAUUAUUAUUAUUAUUAUUAUUAUUAUAAACUCAUCGUGCAUGUCCAUACAGCCAAUGAUUGAUCAUUGUUGAUCAAUUUGAUAUCAUAGAUCAAUUUAUAUAUAUUUAGAAGAUACUGCCUUUUUAAGGAAUAUUUCCUGAACGAUAGAAAGAUAAAGAUAAAGAGACA